CUAACCUACGUCUCCAGAACUCAACUCCUUUAAUUCAUCGCCAAAUUUCAGCAUUGAUUGUAGAGCCCGCCUGUGAACUGAUUCCUAGCAGCUCCAACAGGAAAUGGCUCAUGCACGAAUUUCUGAAUGGCGAAAGCUGCCUGUGAGCUUGGCGGAGUUGUGCAUCAACACCACGCUCCGCUGUGGCCAAUCCUUUAGAUGGCGACAGAUCAAUGAUGAAUGGAUAUGUACCUUGCACGGGCGCAUCCUGUCUCUGAAGCAAGAUUCUACACACCUGCAUUAUAAAGUCACCUGGCCAGAGACGCGACUCAGUGCUCUCACUUCACCCUCAGCUACGGAUGACACAGAGGCACUCUUGCGCCACUACUUCAGCCUGAACGUGGACCUUGGAAAAUUGUAUGAUCAGUGGUCACAAGCCGACCCCAACUUUCGAAAAAGGGCGUCCAAGUUUAUGGGAGUUCGCAUUCUCAAUCAGGAUGCCUGGGAAGCCUUGAUAGGCUUUAUUUGUAGCAGCAACAAUAACAUCCCCAGAAUAUCGCAAAUGGUUCAUAAAUUAUGCAAGCACUAUGGCCCUCUCAUCGGACAUAUUGGAGAUGAGGCAUUCCACGACUUUCCAACUCCUGAUGCAUUGACAGGCAAGCAGGUGGAGUCUCAUCUCAGAGAACUUGGGUUUGGAUACCGCGCGAAAUACAUCGCCGAGACAGCGCGGAUGGUAUCAGAGGAGAAGCCAGCCGACUGGCUAGAAACCCUCCGGAAUCCCGAGACCCCAGGCUUCAAUACGCUCCCAGUGCCAGAGGACCAGCAUGUAACCUACAAGGAGGCACAUGAACAACUCCUCACCCUCAAGGGUGUCGGUCCGAAAGUUGCAGACUGUGUUUCUCUCAUGGGUUUGGGAUGGAGUGAGUCAGUUCCAGUGGACACACACGUCUGGCAAAUUGCCCAGAGGGAUUAUAAGUUUGGCAAGACGAAGACGAAGACGUUCAAUAAAGCCAUGUACGAUGCAGUGGGAGACCACUUCAGGGCGCUCUGGGGAAAGUACGCAGGCUGGGCGCAUUCGGUCCUCUUUACCGCUGACUUACGGGAGUUCUCUGACAGAGUGGCAAAGAAGGAAGACGCUGGUAAGGUGAAGAUUAAGGAAGAAAUUGUGGAAGAAGAUGACCAGGUCCCGAAACGGAAGAGGGAACGGAUGAUCGAGACAAUUACGACGCAGGUCAAGACAGAGGUCAAAACAUGGACCGAGACAGACCCCAGAACAGGGGUCAAGACAGAGUUCGUCAAGAGGGAGGUCACCAGGGAGAUUACGAGGGAGAUCAAGAGGAAGCCCCAGAGGGAGCCAAAGGCGGAAAUCAAGUCUGAGGAAGGGACAGCGACAAUUGUAGACGUCGGACGCAGACCGAAAAGACUGCGGACUAAUUAGGACGAAGUCGUGAGACGUACGCGGAUCUCAGAUCCAGUCUGUCCUCCAAUAAGGAGCGUGUUUGAGGCUAUUCUCUGGCUGCGAAACGAGAAGAUUUUGUUAUAGUUAGCAUAGAGGGCUUAAUGUACCACCGAGGAAAAAAUAGGCACUGUAAUUAAUUUAAAUAUUUUCCCCAA